ACCCCAAAGUAUGAUAAUAACUGUAAUGUAAACGCGCCAACAGAACCGUAACACUACAAAACCAAACCACCUUUGCACUUCGUACCGCCAAAACGCCCCCCGUCGGAACCACCGCCACCACCACGACGAUCGACGACGGCAACAUUUGUAAAAAUGGGAAAACCAAAACAACAAGUGAUUUCCCGCUUCUUUGCACCAAAACCAAAGAACGAAAAAGACCCUUCAACUUCAGCUUCAACCCCUCCCUGUACUCCACCUCCCAAAAUUACUGCCACCGUCACCUUUUCACCUGCAAAACGCCUCAGAAAUUCUCAACUCACUUCUCCUCCUCCCACAAAACACACCAAAAUCCCUAAGCUAUCACCCCACGUACACAACCCACCCCCUCCUCUUCCUAACCCCACUCUCCACCAGAGGUUCCUGGAUAAACUUCUAGAACCAUCUACCGACCUUCUGGAACCUUCUAAAUGUUAUGAUAUUCAAAACCCCAAGUACACACCAUUAGAGCAACAAGUUGUGGAGCUUAAGGCCAAGUACCCAGACAUUUUAUUGAUGAUCGAAGUUGGUUAUAAGUACAGAUUUUUUGGUCAGGAUGCAGAAAAUGCUGCUAGGGUUUUAGGAAUUUAUGCACAUAUGGAUCACAAUUUCUUAACAGCUAGUGUACCGACUUUUCGGCUGAAUGUCCACGUAAGGAGGCUGGUGAGUGCAGGAUACAAAGUUGGUGUUGUUAAGCAAACGGAGACUGCUGCAAUUAAGGCACAUGGCUCGAAUAAAUUGGGCCCUUUUGGCCGUGGGUUAUCGGCACUGUACACGAAAGCUACUCUGGAGGCUUCGGAAGAUGUAGGGGGUGGAGAUGAGGGAGUCGGGUCAUGUAAUAACUAUUUGUGUUGUGUUGUUGAGAAGGGAAUGGAGGAUGUUGAUUUUGGGAUUGAGGGUUGUAGGGGGGUUGAUGUGAAAAUCGGGGUUGUUGGGGUUGAAGUUUCGACCGGAGAUGUUGUUUAUGGGGAGUUCAAUGAUAAUUUUAUGAGGGUGGGGUUGGAGGCGAUGAUCCUCAACUUGAUGCCAGCUGAAUUGCUUGUUGCCAAGCCUAUAUCUAAGCAGACAGAGAAGCUGCUACUGGCUUAUGCUGGACCAGCAUCUAAUGUUAGGGUGGAGGAUGUAUCAUCAGAUCGGUUCAGUGAUGGCGGUGCUCUUGCUGAAGUGAUGUCUCUAUAUGAGGGCAUGCAGGAACAUUAUUUGUCAAAUGUCCAAGAAAGGGAAGAGGCUGAAGUGAAAAUGCACGAACACAAUCGGAUCACAAUCCAGGGAAUGAUGGCAAUGCCUGGUCUGGCUAUACAAGCAUUGGCCUUAAUUAUUAGACAUCUAAAACAAUUUGGUUUGGAAAGAGUUCUGUGCUUGGGAGCUUCAUUUCGUCCCUUCUCUUGCAACAUGGAGAUGACCCUUUCAGCCAAUGCACUGCAGCAACUUGAGGUUUUGAAGAAUAAUUUUGACGGAUCCGAAUCUGGCUCCUUACUGCAUUGUAUGAAUCAGACACUUACUGUAAUUGGUUCAAGGCUUCUCAGGCACUGGGUGACUCAUCCUUUAUGUGAUAGAAACAUGAUAGCUGCUCGUCUUGAUGCAGUUUCAGAGAUUGCAGAAUCUAUGAAAACUUAUCGAACUUCUUAUACUUCUUUCUUAGAGGUGGAAGGUGCUGAUGUCACCAUUUCGCAACCAGAGAUACAUCAUAUAAUUUCUUCAGUUCUGUCCACUCUAGGAAGGUCACCAGAUAUUCAACGCGGGAUUACAAGAAUUUUUCACAGAAAAGCUACCGCAUCUGAGUUUAUUGCAGUCAUUCAAGCUAUCUUGACUGCUGCAAAACAACUUCAGCAGCUUUGGAUAGAAGAGGAUAAAAGUACGAAUCUGCAAAGAGAGACCUUGCGCUCAGUACUGUUGAGAAAGUUGAUAUCAGUUGCCUCAUCGUCUACUGUUAUUAAUGCUGCCGCAAAGCUUUUGUCUGCUUUAAACAAGGAAGCCGCUGACAGACGAGAUCUUCACAAUUUAUUCUUCAUUUCGGAUGGAAAGUUCCCUGAGGUUGCUGAAGUUACAAGGAGAGUUGAGUUGGCAAAUGAGAAGUUAGACUCAUUAAUUGGUGUGUAUCGCAAGCAGCUUCAUGUCCGCAAUUUGGAGUACAUGAGUGUAGCUGGAAUUACACAUUUGAUAGAGUUGCCUCUAGACACAAAGGUGCCGCCAGAUUGGGUCAAAGUGAACAGUACUAAGAAAGCAAUACGCUAUCAUCCACCAGAAGUAUUAGUGGCUUUAGAUGAAUUAGCAUUGGCAAAUGAGCAGCUCACUGUCGUUUGCCAAGCUGCUUGGAAUAAAUUUUUAACGAGUUUUGGUGGAUACUUUGCUGAGUUCCAAGCAGCUGUGCAAGCCCUGGCUUCACUGGAUUGUCUAAAUUCUCUUGCCAUUCUUUCGAGGAAUAAGAAUUAUGUCCGUCCACUCUUUGUGAAAGAUGAUGAGGCUGUUCAGAUACAUAUUUGCUCUGGUCGUCACCCGGUUUUGGAGAGAGUAUUACAAGAUAACUUUGUCCCAAAUGAUACAGAUUUGCAUGCAGAAAGAGAGUAUUGUCAGAUUGUUACUGGACCAAAUAUGGGAGGAAAAAGUUGCUAUAUUCGCCAAGUUGCUCUUAUUGCUUUGAUGGCUCAGGUUGGAUCCUUUGUUCCAGCGUUCUCUGCAAAACUGCACGUGCUAGAUGGCAUAUAUACUCGCAUGGGUGCAUCAGACAGUAUACAGCAAGGAAGAAGUACAUUCUUAGAAGAACUCAGCGAGGCUUCUGAUAUACUGAAAAAAUGCUCAGCCAGCUCGUUGGUUAUACUUGAUGAGCUUGGGAGAGGCACCAGUACGCAUGAUGGCGUAGCAAUUGCUUAUGCAACACUUCAGUAUCUCCUAGAGCACAAGAAAUGCAUGAUUCUAUUUGUCACCCAUUACCCUGAAAUUGUCAGUAUCAAGAAUGAAUAUCCAGGCUCUGUGGAACCAUACCAUGUGUCAUACCUGACAUCCCAAAGAGAUGUGAAUGGCGAUUUCAAGUCAAAUGAGAAGAUGGAUCUCAUCAAUACUGAAGACAUCACCUACCUUUACAAACUUGCACCAGGGGUCUGUGAGAGAAGUUUUGGUUUUAAAGUUGCUCAGCUUGCACAACUGCCGGUUGCGUGUAUUCAACGAGCCAUUGUAAUAGCUGGAAGACUAGAAGCAGCAGUCUCUAACUACACAGUGCAAAAUCGAACUAGAAGGAGCUCUUCCAUAAGUUAUAGCAUAGAUGGUUGUAAAGAAUCUGAACCAGUGGAGUAUGUCUUAGAACCUGAUUGCUUGUCUGCUGGAAGAGCUGAACGCUUAGAUGAUAUGAGCGAGCUUUAUAGGGAGUUGUUUCUGAACCUAAACUUCGCACUUCUUGAAGAACAUGAUGAUGACAGGAGGCUUCAGUUUCUAAUGCAGGCUAGAGGGCUUGCAGCUCAGUUAAUAAGUAGUUGCAUUUCUUCAUAAUAGUGGGUAAUUGUGUCUCCUGGAAAAGAGAAAAAAGGGUGCUCAGGCCCAACUAUCCUUAUUUGUAGUUGUGGCUGCAUUUCAUGGCGUCUUCUGUAAAUGCUGCCUUGAAACUGUUUGCCUGCCUAUACAGUAAUAUUAAGGGGACAACUAUUUUGGUCAUAAUAGAGAAGUCAAAUUCCUUGCUUUGUAUCAUUCAGAUGACGGUAGUGUUCAAGUUAGCCUGGACAACCGCAUCUCGACUAUUUCAGUUGCCAAACCGCUGCAGCUUACAAUCACUAGUAUAUGAGAACCUGCCCGAGGAAGUUGGAUUAGAUGGGCUUACACCAAGUAUUGUGGCUGGAUUUAAGAAUUCUAGUCUUAUACCUCUUGCCUCCAAGUAUCACUAUUGGUCAUUAAUUUUCUAUAGCUAUAGACAGCCAAUCUGUCUAUAGCCCAUGGUAGUCUGCUCUUUCCAGAGAUUGCACCGGCAUAAACCACUGGCUCAGUAUCAUGAUGUGUCGAAAGUCAUCCUUUCGCGAGCGGUUCAUCAUUUUCAUUCAUCAAUUAAGUUAAAAGUGCUAUAUAUCUGAAUGAAUAGGUAACUGUUGUCCUGGAUGCAUGUGAAGUAACUCCACCUGAUCUUUUUCCAUGGUUAUUCUAACUAUGAUUUUGUUGGUAAAAAUCAAUGGUGAUCCAGCUGCAAUACAAGAAUACAGCAAGAAGUAAAAACAAUGACGAGUUAAUGUAUGUUGUAUAUUUGAGAGGGAUAUCUGUAAAAGCAACACACUUGAGACUUAAAAGUUCUAAAAAAAAAAGGCAGUCCGGUGCACUUAGCUCCCGCUAUGUGCAGGGUCUAGGAAAGGGUCGGACCACAAGAGUCUACCAUACACAAUCUUACCUUAAUGCAUAUCUUUAAGAGGUUGUUUUCA